UUCAUAAACUGGUUACGUCUGAGAGACAGCUGUUGUAUUUUGCCCCAUAUUUGCUCACAUAAAAGAUUGUAAGUCAGUGUCCAUAGUAUGCAUUUUGCUCGUGUCUGAUUGUGAUUUAAACUAUAUUACUUUAUUUAACAGAUUCCCUUACCAGACCAUCAUGUGUUUGUUUUGGCAAAUACACUGUUGCCGAGUGUGCUCGGAUCUGGUGGGCGGAUGGGUGAGAUGUGCGACAGUUGUGACAUUCCUACUGUUCCUGAAACUCAGUCAUCGACAGCCUGUUCAGAGAUCAUACAUGGAGUCUCCCCAAUAUUACAUUCUUCCUAUGUGCCAGAGUCUCCAGCAGUACUUCUCACACCAAGAGAUCACAGUCAACCUUUACAGGAUCACACAAGUUUCCUGGAUAUGUCUCAUUUAGAUGAAACAGAGGGAAACACUUCUAGGAUUGAUGAGACAUUGUUCGACGCAUCUGAGACAAAGGAGCACAAACCAUCUGUACAAUGUGGGACUUGCGGGAAGAUUCUGAAGAGCAAAGGCUCCUUGAACCUGCAUGUGAGGCGCCACACAAGAGAUUUUAACUUCUCUUGUCAAUUGUGUGGCGAGUCUUUCCUCAUCAACCAGUUGCUGAAAGAACAUGUCGCCAAAGUCCACAAAAAAACUGGUGUUGUAAAGUGUAAGUUCUGUGGGAAAGUCACAACAACAUUCCGUGGUAUGCGCGAGCAUGUUAAGGAGCAUGCUGGUGAGGAACACAAGUGCCAUGACUGUGACAUGUCUUUCUCAACGAAAACAAAAUUGAAGCGUCACAUGUCCUGGCAUUCCAAGGACUUUGAAUGCAAUGUUUGUGGGAAGUGGUUUCCUUCCAAAGGACAGCUAAAGAUCCACAGCCUGAUACACGAUGAACAUGCACAGAAAUACCAGUGUUCACACUGCAAUUAUGUGUCUAUUUGGAAGGCGAGCAUCAAUCGGCAUGUCAAGACGAAACAUACUGAUACACGGCAACACGUAUGUGACAAAUGUGGAAAUGGAUUUAAAGAAAAGAGUACUCUGACAAGGCACAUGCGGCGGAACAGUUGUGAUAGGCCUCGAGCGAGUAGCAUGUGGGAGGAAUUGUGAUUGUAUUAUUGCAUUUGUGAUAGUGAGUGAGUUUAGUGCCAGUGACAAAGAUAUUAUUGUCAUUGCCUGGAAACCAUCAUUGAAGGAUCUAGUACUUGCCUCAUGUGUAGUCUUUCAUCACCAGUGCCAAAGAUAUUGUCAUCAGUAUGUUAUGUGCCAAAUUUAUAUCACCAGUGACAAAGAUAAUAUUUUCAUUGCCUUAAAAACCAUCAGUAUUUCUAGAUAUUUACAAUGUUAUGAAAUGGCAUUGGUGUCAAUCUAAUAUGUUCCAUGCAUACCUUGAGAAUACAUUGUAAUUCAUAUCUACUGGCCAUUUGAAUUUAACAUGUCUGAUUUUUAAAAGUUAAAAUGGCAUUCAAUCCAGA